AUUAUUAAUAAGAUACAAAAACAUUAACGAUGAAUUAACGAGGCUCAAGGCUAAAAAAAAUAAAGUUAUCAUAAGCAUUAUUUAAGAUAUCUUUUGCAUAAAUGAAAGUUUGGCUUGGAGAAAUUCCAUCAACUAUAUAGCUGAUGUUCUCUUUGAUUUAUCAAGAUUUGAGUAAUAAAUAAAAGGAACACUCUUCCUGUAAAAACAUAGAAAAAUAAAAAAAUAAAAAAAAAUUGAUUGUAUACAUAUUUAUUAGGAUUUUCUUAAAAAGAAUUCAUCUCUUCAAUGAUUUUUUUUACCAUUACCUAGCUUUGUAAAUUCCGAACCUGCAUGGACAUUAUAUUAAGAAAUAUUUUUAGGUGAACACUAUUCUAAUAAUUUCUUAAUUUUUCAACACUAUAUUGGCAAAUCGUUCUUUAAAUGUGUCAAUUAUUCUUAAACGAAAAAAAUAACCACUUUAAAUGUGUCAAUUAUUCUUGAACGAAAAAAGUAACCCAAUAAGCUGUAAUAAUUUAUGCAGGCUGUUACCCACACAGGCCAAGCCACUCUCAAUCUCAAAUAACACAGCAGUAGGAACUAGGAAACCCCCUUCAAAUAAAAACCACGAACUGUCCAUAAAACAAUUUUCAGAAAUCAAAUGUCUUUUGUCUGUCCGAAACUACAUCACUUCAACGGUCACUUUUUCCACUACUCACUGCUCAUUCGGUCAUUCUCAGCACAAAAAAGAAAAAAAAAAUUACUCAACAAGAAAAAAAUUACAAAUAAACCAGAAACCUGAAUUCAAACUCAAACUAACAAAGAUGGCGAAUUUUAUCAUCACUUUCUCUCUCUUACUCUCUCCCCUCCUAGCAGUAACCUUUCGGCCCGUUAAGGCCCAUUUAGAAGAAAAAGCAGUAAUACAGCAGCAGCAGCUAUGGUGUGUAGCAAAGAACAACGCCGAGGAUUCCGCACUUCAGCAGGCCUUGGAUUGGGCUUGUGGGCCAGGUGGUGCUAGCUGUGGCCCAAUCCAAAAUGGUGGGCCUUGUUAUGAUCCAAAUGAUCUUAUUGAUAUGGCUUCUUAUGCUUUCAAUGAUUAUUGUCUUAAGCAUGGUAUGAGUGAAGAGACUUGCAACUUCAGUAACACUGCUGCUCUUACUGCUCUUGAUCCAAGUCAUGGAAAGUGCAAAUAUGCUUCAAGUAUUUUCACUGCUGCAAAUUCUACCACCCCUUCAACUGCAGGAGUUAUCCCAGGCAGUGAAGACUUGAACGGGACCUCUCAGUUUGCUGCAAUAGAGGUUAGGACGUUAGCCCUCUUUAAUUUGCUUCUCGCAAUCUUUGUAUUCUCACUAUAACAGACGAGAAUUGGUGAGAAUUGGAUGUAUUGAGUGAAGCAAGUCAGUGAAAUAGAGCUAGGCUUAGAUCUUGCUAAUAUCAUUCCUGGAAAAGUUUUGUUCCCGGCUUUGAUUCUUGUAUCUUUCAUGAACAGUUAAUAUAUUUCGUUGGCACCUAUCAGGUUUGUAAAACCAAUUAAUAUAUUUUUGUUGUUGUGCAGUGUAAAUUAGUUCUUAUU